UAAAAUUCUGCAGCUGCUAUGGAAAACAGUAUGACAGUUCCUUAAAUAUUAAAAAUAGAAUUACCAUAUGAGCCAGCGCUUCCAAUUCUGGGUAUGUACCUAAAAGAUCUGAAGGCAGAGUCCUGUAGAGAUAUCUGUCCACUCAUGUUUAUAGCAGCAGUCUUCACAGUACCAAGAGGUGGAAGCCACUCAAGUGUUCACUGAUGAGUAAAUGAAUAAAUGAAAUAUGCUAUAUACAUACAAUGAAAUAUUAUCCAGCUAUGAAAAGAAAUUCCGAUAUAUGGGUGAACUUUACGAAUAUUAUGUAGUUAACAAAGCCAAUCACAAAUGAACAAAUACUGCAUGUUAGCACUUAUAGGAGGUAUCUAGAGUAGUCAGAUUCAUAGAGGCAGCAAGUCAAAUGGUGGUUGCUAAGGUUUGGGAAAGGAGGAAAUGGGAAGUAGUUGUUGCUUAAUGGGAAUAGAGUCUCAGUGUUAAAAGUGAAAAAGUUCCAGAGAUUGGUUCCUCAUUAUUAUUGGGUCUUCAUUAUCAACUCUUAGUACUUCUGUGACUGAGACCAAAGGAACAGGCAGUCAAUGUACUUAACGAAUGUACUUAAUGGAUAUACCCUUAAAAAUGGUUAAGAUGGUACAUUUUACAUAAUGUGUAUUUUACCACAGUUUUUUAAAGGUCGUCCAAAAUUGCUUAAUUAUGUUUAAAGAAAUGUUAUAUGGUGAGAUAUUAUAUUUGAUCAGGUUUGAGACAAUUUUUUUCUGUGACCCUUGACUUCUGUACCUCAACUUCUACCACCUCGCUGCUCAUAAAUUAACAUGACAGUUGUCAUUUAAAGCUACUUGGUAUGUGCCAGGCUUUUCCACAUAAAUUCUCAAUGAUUUUCUUGUGAGCCAGCAAGAGCUCAGCAAGGUUUAGUGACAUUUCCCAAGGUUGUGUGAGGGAUGUUACUGGGUCCCAUGGCCUGACCCUAAAGCCUGGCUUCCUCCCCACCAGGUCUCAUACCCCUCAAGUUAGCUUUAUCCUAACAACCACUUGGGGAACCUCAAACAUUCAGAUUCCCCUAGGAGAUGAGUAAAUUAACAAAUAAAGAAAUGGAAUCACUCAAGAUUGGCUGACUUGACAGACUAAAGGAAUCUUGAAAGUUGUGGCGUCUGGCAUGGAACAAAAGCAGAAGCAGAAAAUGCUGAACUCAGGGGACAUUCUGUGUGUAAGCACAUUCAGAGCUCUUGAGUCUAUCCUGCCCUGAGGACCACUGGAGACAGUCCAGGGUCUUGGAACUGUUACCAGCCCAGAGAGAAGCCAGUCCAUACACAGCAGUGUGUGCUCCCAGCAGCAAAGGAGGCUCAGGGACAGAAAGUCAUGGCCUGGAAACUGAUGCCACCUCUGCUGUUGCUGGCCUGGUUUUCAGCCUCCACGUGCAGUGCCAGAGACAGGACAGACCUGCUCAACGUCUGCAUGGAUGCCAAACACCACAAGGCCAAGCCAGGCCCUGAGGACCAGCUGCAUAACCAGUGCACUCCCUGGAGGAAGAACGCCUGCUGCUCUGUCAGCACCAGCCAGGAGCUGCACAAGGACACCUCCCUCCUGUAUAACUUUAACUGGGACCACUGUGGCAAGAUGGAGCCCAUCUGCAAGCGCCACUUCAUCCAGGACAACUGUCUUUAUGAGUGCUCCCCCAACAUGGGGCCCUGGAUCCAGGAG